AGACGAGGCCGUCGGAGGAGGCCGUCCCGAGCCUCCGCCCCAUGUGACUGGCGCUGAGGGUGGGGGCAGCGAGGCCUAGCGCAGCCCCGCGGCGGGCGGGGGCGGCUCCGGCAGCCAGGGCGCUGCGGGGAGGGGAUGGCGCUGUGAGAGGGGCCGGCGGGCGGACCGACCGACAGACAGACGGACAGACAGACCGACGGACGGACAGACCGACCGACCGACAGCGGGGCCGCGAGGCCGGCAGCACCGACAGGGGAAGGCCCCCCCCUCCCCUCCCCUCCCCCCCCCCCCCCCCCCCCCUCCGGCGAGGGGCCGCGGUUGAUGAGGCAGGGCUCGCCCCGAGCCGCCUGAGCGCCGGGAGAGGCCGAGGAGGAGGAGGAGGAGGAAGAGGAGCAGCAGCAGCAGCAGCAGCAGCCGGUUAGAGGGCGGCGGGGCGCAGCCGCAGCGGGAGACCAUGUCCGGGCGGCCCAGGACCACGUCCUUCGCGGAGAGCUGCAAGCCGGUGCAGCAGCCCUCGGCCUUCGGCAGCAUGAAAGUCAGCCGAGACAAAGAUGGCAGCAAAGUGACUACAGUAGUGGCAACUCCUGGACAAGGUCCAGACCGACCACAAGAAGUUAGCUACACAGACACCAAGGUGAUUGGAAAUGGAUCUUUUGGUGUUGUGUAUCAAGCCAAACUUUGUGAUUCGGGAGAGCUUGUGGCCAUUAAGAAAGUCCUGCAGGAUAAAAGAUUUAAGAACCGAGAGCUCCAGAUUAUGAGAAAGCUGGAUCAUUGUAACAUUGUCCGAUUGCGUUAUUUCUUCUACUCCAGUGGUGAGAAGAAAGAUGAGGUGUACCUCAACUUGGUGCUGGACUAUGUUCCUGAAACAGUAUACAGAGUUGCCAGACAUUAUAGUCGGGCCAAACAGACACUCCCUAUGAUUUAUGUCAAGUUGUACAUGUAUCAGCUGUUCCGGAGUUUAGCCUAUAUCCAUUCCUUUGGGAUCUGCCACCGGGAUAUAAAACCACAGAACCUCUUGCUGGACCCUGAUACAGCUGUCCUAAAACUCUGCGACUUCGGAAGUGCAAAACAGCUGGUUCGUGGAGAACCUAAUGUCUCAUACAUCUGCUCUCGGUACUACAGGGCACCAGAGUUGAUCUUUGGAGCCACCGAUUAUACCUCCAGUAUAGAUGUGUGGUCAGCAGGCUGUGUAUUGGCUGAACUGUUACUAGGACAACCAAUCUUUCCAGGUGACAGUGGUGUGGAUCAGUUGGUGGAAAUAAUCAAGGUUCUGGGAACGCCUACAAGGGAGCAAAUUAGAGAAAUGAAUCCAAACUAUACUGAAUUCAAAUUCCCUCAGAUUAAGGCACAUCCAUGGACUAAGGUCUUCCGGCCCCGCACUCCACCAGAAGCGAUUGCGCUAUGUAGCCGCCUGUUGGAGUACACCCCCACUGCCCGCCUGACUCCCCUGGAGGCCUGUGCACACUCUUUCUUUGAUGAACUACGGGACCCAAAUGUCAAGUUACCAAAUGGGCGAGAUAAACCUGCACUCUUCAAUUUCACCACUCAAGAACUGUCAAGUAACCCAUCUCUGGCUUCGAUCCUCAUCCCUGCUCAUGCUCGGAACCAAGCAGCAGCUUCAACCCCUACAAACGCUACAGCAGCCUCAGAUGUUAAUGCAGGAGAACGAGUUCAGACCAAUAGUGUAGCUACAGCAUCAGCCUCCAACUCCACCUGAACCGGUACCAAGCAGCCAGCUGCACAGGAAAAAUCACCAGUAAUUUGAGUCUUGCUCAGCAACACUGGUCACAU